AUGUCUGUCGACUUCAACACCGUAGCCACCGAGUUCUGCAACUUCUACUACCAGCAGUUCGACUCGGACAGAAACCAAUUGGGUAACUUGUACAGAGAACAGUCCAUGUUGACGUUCGAGACUGCCCAGUUGCAAGGUGCUAAGGAUAUCGUGGAGAAGUUGGUGUCAUUGCCAUUCCAGAAGGUUGCUCACAGAAUCUCCACCUUGGACGCCCAGCCAGCAUCGCCAAAUGGCGAUAUUUUGGUGAUGGUGACUGGUGAGUUGUUGAUUGACGAGGAGCAGAACGCUCAGCGUUACUCCCAGGUGUUCCACUUGAUUCCAGAUGGAAACUCCUAUUAUGUUUUCAACGAUAUCUUCAGAUUGAACUACUCCUAA